AGAUACAAGUCUUUCAACAGAAGGAAAAGUUUGACUGAUAUUGAGUUGAGUUUCAGAAUCUGAUAGAGUCGGUCGUUUGGUUACUGGAAGCUGAAGUGUUCUGCUGGAUCCUGUCCUGGAUUCUGUCUUGAAACCUCUCGAGCCGAGCAUCAGGAUGUCACUACCACGGACGCUGGGCGAGCUGCAGCUCUACCGAGUUUUACAAAGGGCCAACCUGCUGAUGUACUAUGACACCUUCAUCCAGCAGGGAGGUGAUGAUGUCCAACAGCUGUGCGAGGCUGGCGAAGAGGAAUUUCUCGAGAUCAUGGCACUAGUUGGCAUGGCCACAAAACCCCUGCAUGUGCGGCGUUUGCAGAAGGCUCUGCGCGACUGGGCGGCAAACCCAACGCUGUUCAACCAACCUCUGGCCACCAAUGUGGCCCCUUGUGGAAUCCCUCUCCUCAGGAUCGACAGCAGCAGCGCUGCUGGCUCAGGGGUUAUUGGUGGCAGAAAAUCUUUAAGCAAUGGUCAGCCAGGCUCUCCGUGUGAAAGAGAGGAAGUAGGAUCUUGCCUUACGCCGCUCAGGGAUAACAGUCCAAAGAGCCCCUACUCACAGGCCUCUCCUGUACCUCUAGACCAUCUGUACAGAGAAAAACUGUCCCCCAUGGAUCCCCACGGGCUCAGUCCUGAAAUGUAUGGAGCCGCUGAGUUAGAUGAAGAACAGGCCAUUACCCUUCUGCCUUUCGCUUGCCACUCGCGACUUCUUGCUCCUCCGACGCCAACUUCUUCUUCAUCCUCCUCCACUAUGACCUCUCCGUGGCCCGGAGGUCAGCUGGACCCAGAGACCAUUAAAGCCGUGGAGGAAAGUGUUGAUAGGCUUCUAAGAACCAUGCCGCAAGCAGAUCAAACCGAGGUGAAGACGCUUUUGAGACUCAAUAAGAAAAUGGACAAGACGGUGGGACACAUAUUCCACCUGGAACCUCAAGACAAGAGCAAAGAGGAAGAGAUUCGCAAAUACAGCCUGAUCCAUGGCCGCUUUGACUCCAAGAGGAGGGAAGGGAAACAGCUCACCCAUCAUGAGAUGCUCAUCAAUGAGGCUGCAGCUCAAUUCUGCAUUCGUGACAAUGCUCUGUUGUUACGCAGAGUUGAACUGUUCUCUUUAGCACAACAAGUGGCGAGAGAAUGUGCCUACACGUCAACAUUUAAACAUAACAGGACAUACUCAGAUGAUUGUACUGCCUCUGUUGACUGUUCUGCUCAGAAGAGAAUCAAGCUUGAUGUCACAGAUUCUGACAGACUGUCUAAGGAUCCAGUAGCCAACAGUGACAACAGAUCUACAGCGGAUGACAACAGCCUCUCUGGAGAAAGUCUAGAUAGUUUAACACAAGAUAUCAGCCCUCAGUUGCACCCCUCCUCAUCCCCUCACCCCCUCACCGACACCACUGGCCUCAUCAACUGGAGUCGCCAGCUCAUGCAACAAACUCUCAUGGAUGAGGGCCUCAGAUUGGCUAGAAUGGUGUCACGUGACCACGCAAGUAAAGUCAGCCUAGGGUCAGAAAAGAGACAGAUUUCAGAGAUGGAGGAGAAAGUGUCAGAGAGGAGAGGAUCGAGUAACAGAAGCAGCAGUCCAGCAAACACCAAAGAUGAUCCAUAACUGACAAUCUGCAAGUCUCCAUGCUGAACUCAGGUUGGAAAUCAUGUCUAAAUGCAGCCGUGGUGUUCAGUUCGCUAUGUUGAAUAGUCCUGUUCUAUAAAACUUGUAUGCACCGUAUCAUGUUCUGUCAGAACAUUUAAAGACAUUUGGUGGAAAGUGCAAAUGAAAUUUGAAGC